AUGCUCUCCUUCCUCGCCCGCCACGUCCCCCGCAACAAAACAGCACACCUGAACCCCAUCCACUUUGACGCUGGCCGAUCCUCCAUCGAGUUCAAACCCCCAACCGACCAGUACCUCGUCAUCAACCGCUGGCCGCCCGCUUCCAGCACCGCCAAUAAGGCCAUCGCGCUUCGGCCCCCUCUUCACUGGCACCGCCAUCAAACCGAGACAUUCCACGUCUUGGCCGGUGCGGCCGAGUUCAUAUAUGAUGGGCGGACCGUCGUGAAACGCGCCGACCAAACGAUGCCCAUCCCUGCUGGGGUGGUCCAUACGUUUUGUAAUGCGAGUACAACGGAGGAACUGGCGGUUGAUUUUGUGCUUGAGCCGAGUAUAUGUGACUCCCAGGCAGUAUAG